AUGGCACCACAUGAAGCAUUAUAUGGAAGGAAAUAUAGAUCUCCAUUACAUUGGGAAGAAAUAAGAGAAAAGAAUGCAUUAGCUCAAGCUCUUGGUCCAGAAAUGACACAAAAAAUGAUAGAAGAUGUAAAGUUAAUCCGAGAGAGAAUGAAGCAGGCCCAAGACAGACAGAAGAGCUAUGCAGAUCCGAAAAGAAAGGAUAUAGAGUUCCAAGUAGGAGACAAAGUGUUUGUGAAAAUCUCUCCUUAUAAGGGGAUGAUGAGGUUUGGAAGAAAAGGGAAGCUUGCCCCUAGAUAUAUCGGUCCAUAUGAGGUAUUAGAGAAAGUGGGCAAAAUAGCUUACAGACUUGCCUUACUAGCCAGUAUGGACCGGAUCCAUAAUGUUUUCCAUGUUUUCCUAUUGCGAAAGUAUGUUAGUGAUCCUUUGCAUAUACUACAAGCAAAUGAAGUGGAGUUAAAAGAUGAACUAAUUUAUGAAGAACGUCCAGUUCAGAUUCUGGAUAGAAGAAUAAAAGAGCUCCGAAAUAAGAAAGUACUGCUUGUUAAAAUACUGUGGAGGAAUCAUAAUGUAGAAGAAGCGACAUGGGAGGUUGAGCAAGAUAUGAAGGAAAGAUAUCCAGACCUCUUCAACUGA